CCCCGCGUUGCACAAUGCCCGGGCAAAGUCUCGGAGGGCGUGAGCCGCGGCGCCCCUGCCCCUGGGCGGGGACGCGGGGCGGCCGCGCGGGCACCCCGGCGCGGGCGCUGUCGUCGGGCGCGGGAGCCGCGAGUCCCCCGGGAGCCGCCGCCGCCGCCGCCGCAGCCCCCGCGCCGCUCGCAGGCCGCCGCCGCCGCCGCAGCCAUGGCGGAAGUUCAUAGACGUCAGCAUGCCGGGGUUAAAGGAGAAGCCCCCGCGACAGCCGCCGCGCACAGCCAUGAGCAGGCGCUGGCGAUGGCGCCGGCCGAAACGCUGACCGUCUUCCUCAAGCUGCUGGCCGCCGGCUUCUACGGCGUGAGCUCCUUCCUCAUCGUGGUGGUCAACAAGAGCGUCCUCACCAACUACAGGUUUCCUUCCUCACUAUGUGUUGGACUUGGCCAGAUGGUGGCCACUGUGGCAGUUCUCUGGGUGGGAAAGGCGCUCAGAGUGGUCACGUUUCCUGACCUUGACAGAAAUGUACCUCGAAAGACGUUUCCACUACCUCUACUAUAUUUUGGGAACCAAAUCACAGGACUGUUCAGCACAAAGAAACUGAACUUGCCAAUGUUUACAGUUCUGAGAAGGUUCUCUAUCCUGUUUACAAUGUUUGCUGAAGGAGUUUUACUCAAAAAGACUUUUUCUUGGGGUAUUAAGAUGACUGUAUUUUCAAUGAUUAUUGGAGCCUUUGUAGCUGCCAGCUCUGAUUUGGCAUUUGAUCUGGAAGGAUAUGUUUUUAUUCUGAUAAAUGAUGUCUUGACAGCAGCAAAUGGUGCAUAUGUAAAACAAAAGUUAGAUUCAAAAGAGCUGGGAAAAUACGGUCUGCUCUAUUAUAAUGCACUGUUCAUGAUCCUGCCCACCCUGGCCAUUGCGUAUUUUACAGGAGAUGCGCAAAAGGCCAUGGAUUUUGAAGGCUGGGCCGAUACCCUCUUUCUUCUGCAGUUCACCCUCUCCUGUGUGAUGGGGUUUAUCUUGAUGUACGCCACAGUACUCUGCACUCAGUAUAAUUCUGCUCUUACAACUACAAUAGUUGGCUGUAUUAAGAAUAUAUUAAUAACUUAUAUUGGAAUGGUCUUUGGUGGAGAUUAUAUUUUCACAUGGACAAACUUCAUUGGCUUAAAUAUCAGCAUUGCUGGCAGCUUGGUGUACUCCUACAUCACUUUCUCCGAAGAGCAGCUGAGCAAACAGUCAGAGGCCAGUAACAAGCUGGACAUUAAAGGGAAAGGAGCGGUCUGACCAGCCGGGACAGUGCUCUUGAUCACGAAGACAAGCCCAUUUCCUUUGCACUUGUACAAUCUGAGGAUUGACUGCUGCCUUUUAAACGUUUAUGAUGAGAGAAAGUUCUAAUUGACUCUGUGAUAGAUGUGCCAUUUGAAUGAAUUAUUUAUCAGACUGGAAAAUGUACUGGCAUUUUAAUUUAUUUUUCUUCUAUGCUGACAGUGAGACAUCAGUGUUUUGACAAUACUUUCUCCCAGCACCGGAGACGCAGGUAUCCCCGGGAGCCGCGUGGUGAACAGCCCUCCAGCGGGAGGCGCGCUGGCCUGCCUUCAGCUCCAGGUGCAGCCGCGUACCUGACACUUCUUUCAUUUUUCUUUCUUUGCCUUUUGGACCAUACCCAGCAGCGCCGAGAGGCGACUCCCAGUGGUGCUCAGGAACCGAGUCGUGCUGGCCGUCGCACUCGGGCCUCCUGCACGCCAAGCCUGCACUCCAGCCCGCUGGCCUGUCUCUCCAGUGCUCAGUCGUAUUUUGUCAAGGUCGCUUUUGCUUCCUAAGGAGAGCGUCAGUGCGUUUGUAAAGGUCGCUAGCUUUUCACUGGGGACUGGGGGCUUGCCCGAGGGCUGUGGGUCAGCAGCAUGGUGUGCGCCGCAAACGCGUCCGCUCUGGAUUGGAUCGCUGGCACUGAAGUGCAUUGAUUUUCCUUUGGUUUCCCAGAACUGGAGAUGAGCAGAGCGCAUUUCUGGAAACUGUUAUUCCCUCUCUCAGGACGGUGCUAAGUGCGGGGCGGGCGAAGUCAGGCUUUUAGACUUUGUUCGAGCUGAUCCGUUCGCUCACCUCGGUGUCUUCAGUAGGGCAAACGCGCCCGGUGUUGUGCUAAGUGCUGAGGGUACUGAGCUGCCUUGGCGGUAGUUACACAAGCUCAGGCUGCCGUGGUGCCUGGAGAUAAGAUAGAGAAGUAGCUCUGUUGGUGAAUUCGGAAGAUGUGAGUGUGACUCGGUGAUGGCCUUUCUUCAGCUCUCAGGACCUUCGGGUCUGAGUGGGUUAGACGCGCGGGCCCCGCCGACCUUCCCUUCCGAGUCCGAGUGCCUCAGACGCGGCGCGGGUGAAGAGCUGCAGCCUGCAGCCUGCGGCCCGCCCCUCUCUGUGGUUUGUCUGAGGAAAUUGCAUCUGGUGAUCCAUGAUGUCAGCCUGACCUCUGCCGAGUUUGCCCGGUGACCAGCGGCUAUAGAGCCACUUAGGGACCCCGCCCUGCCCGUGUCUGGUUACAGGUUUGGACGCAGACUGGACAGGCCAGCUAGACUUGGAGUGUGUGUUGCUCACAGGCAGGCCUGACAGCGCACUCGAGAUUUGCUUGGUGCCGGGCAUCGCCUGUAUGUGGGGACUCUGCCCCGGUGUGAUAAGCCGACACGGCAAACAUUCUUGGAGCGCUGGGCUGCCUCCUGGAGGGGGUGGGGCUGCAGGCACUCAGUCCUUCACUCCCUCCUGCAGACCAGCUGGGGAGACCUCCGAGAGCAGAAUUCGGUGAUGGAGGGGCCCCUGACCCUGAGUUGGCCGCAGUGACUAACCGGAGUUGCCGUGUGUAGGACCCAGCUUCCACGUAGAUGCAGUUUAAACGUGCCCCUCACGCUGCACAGGCUUGGCGUGUUGGGGGAUCUGUGAAAGGUCUCAGUCGGGGUGUUCUGGAAGCAUGCCGGGAUUGGGGGGUCGGCCUGGCCUUGCCUGACGAUCCCCACCCCCUGAGUGAGCAGCGAGAUGCCAAGUAUCUUGUCAUGCGCCAGCACGUGCCACGCCCGGGGGUAACAGUUCUGACACUCCAGAAGCACGCAGUGCAGUUCUUGAGCCAGCCGCUCCAGCAGAGAGGAGCGAGACGUGUCAGAACUGCCCGCAGAGUUGGUGCUUGCUUCCCUUUAAGGAGUGGGGAACCUCCUUUGGAACCUCAGAGCACUUCCCUGACCCCUGCGGUGCCCAGCCACUGGGGGUCACAUCCCCAUCCCCGUCUCCUGCUUCCCUCCAGCUGUGCGCCGGCAGUUUCUCUUCAGGAGCCUCCUGAGUGGGAGGGAACGGUGCAGGACUGCCCGGCACACAGGAGCCCAGCGGCACGGCCUGCUCCUGGGGAGCCAGGGCUGAGGCGGGGGUCCCAGCGCUGGUUAGAGGCUUGAUCCAAGUCGGUUUCCUCAACUCUUCAGACCCUUCCGUUCUGGUCUCAAAACUGUUGAAAUAGCAGUUUCUGUUCAGUUUUUUUUGUCUGUCUUUUUUGGGGGUGCCUACUUGAUCUGGGGUUGGCCAUUUGUGAUACAGGUAGGUUGCACCGGUUUUGUAGAACAAACAAAAUCAUUCUCAUAUUUUGAUGGCAAAUUUCAAAGAAAAAAUUAUUCUCUGCCUUAGAGGAAGUUAAGUUAAAAAUGCCUCACGCUGGGCCAGACAGGACAGGGUUUAAAGUACUUGCCUUGCAUGCCAUCAACCUGAGUUUGAUCUUUGUUUCUGGUACAAUUUUUGGGAUUUUUUUUUUUUGGGUGGGGGGGAGGCUUUUUGCAUCACACCCUGCAAUGCUCAGGGGUUACUCCUGGCUCAGCACUGAGGAAUUGCUCCUGGUGGUAUUCAGGGAACUAUAUGGGAUGCCAGGGAUCAAACCCAUGUCGGCUGUGUGCACGACCAACGCAUACCUGCUGCACUACCUGGCUCCUGGGUUUGAUCUCUGGCACUGCAUGUGUCCCCCCGAGCACUGCCAGGAAUGAUCCCAAGGCACAGAGCCAGGAGUAAGCCCUGAGCAUUACUGGGUGUGGCCCCCAAGCAAAAUAAAAUGUCCCAUGUUGAUCACUUGGGGAAGCUUCUUUUGGCUGGCCCUGCUCCUCCGGUGAAGCCUGACCCCGCGCCAAGUCCUCACGGGCCUCUAGCACCAUCGCUGUCCUCUGACCCCAUCUCCACACUGUUACGAUCGUCACUUUCUUGUGGUGGCAGAAGUUCUCAGAUGUUGGGCUUUUUUAGUCUUUGUGUUUGGAAAAUACUUUUUUUCCUUUUUAAAGAAUCUACUGGUUAGAUUUAUUGUCUCACAAAAAAUGUUUUUAGAGAUAAUUUGGUUUAUAAAUGUUUCUUUCUCGUGCUAAUGACCACAAAUGGUGACCUAUCACAAUAUUUUUUCAAUAGAUUCUAUUUGCCUUUAGUGUUUUUAAAAGGUACUAAAGAUUGAAAUAAUGUAAAUCAGGUGACAUAAACAGAAUGAUUAUGUGCCUAAAUAUUUUUGUAAAGGUGUCAAAAUAAAUACAUUUUCCUGAACACA